UAAACACUCUAAACUGUCAGUGGAGACUUGAAAGUGAUCUCAUCAUAGUGACCUCUUCAAUAUGGGCACCUCUCUAAUAUGGACACUUCGCUCUGUCCCUUCCACACUCUGUCUGUAUUAGAGAAGUUCGACUGAAUAUCAGGAUCUCACUGGCCAGUCAAAUUAUACACUUAAUUUUUUCCCAUUCCAUUUCGACCAUUGCUUAGACCUCUUUAGCUUACAGGCCACAUGAUAUUCUCUAGAGAAAUUUAUAGAUCUUUUAUAUAUCUAAAAGUUUUCCACUCAUGUGCACUGACUGUUGGAGAAUUUGAAAGUAAGAAUCCCCAAGAGUAUGUUAAAAGAUCGAUGGUUAAUAAAGAGGGAAGCUGGGUCCUUGGGUAACGUGGCGUCGCUAGAGGGCUGGGAUUGAGACAGGCUGAGGCGCCAUGUUUGAUUGUUUUGGCUCUGAAAAUGAACGAAGUAUUUAAAAAUACCCAUGUAUUCGUGGAAGUUCUAAGCAUGGCGAGAUGCGAUGCUGUCCAGCAAUGGGAUGAAAGUGCCUUUGAGAAAGCGUACAAGUGGGCUAGUUACUUUGAAGAGGUUUAUCAACGGUUGAAGACAAAACCAUCCCUAGCAGAGAAACUGGAUAAAUAUCUUGCAAACUUUAACAAAUCUGGGCAAAUACAUUUAGGAAAUCUAAAACUAUCCCUUGAUGUUCUUGGCAAAUCAAAGUCUUUAUUACGACAGUUUCUACUUCAGAAUCCUCAUCUUUCGGAAAGCCAAUAUCAAAUGACAUUGAAAUUGUAUGGCAUAAGAGUAGGAGAAUGGCUGGACUGUAGUACCAGUAAUGAUUUACAUAAGGAUGCAUUCCAUUUGAGUCAAACAAGAGCUGCAGUACAACUGUUAUCUAAAAUGAGGGACAGACUCACUGAAGAUAUGAAAAAUUCUCAAGACAGAGUUUUCAGAGUUUUCAAAGAAAGCUCUUCAACAGCUCCCUUGUCAAAGGUAGAGAAAUUUCCAAGUGCUGUUACUUCAGAAGACAUUGCUGUUGAUGUUGCUGCACAUUGUUUAUUCAAGCAUGUUGAACAUCACUUGCAGUAUGGAGCUCCCAAGGACAAGGCAGAAGUGUGUGACAAGCUAAAAAUCCUUGCUGAGCAAGAGAAUGGACUGAAAAGCAUUAUAUUAUCACUUCUUUUAACUCCAGAUGACUGUCGGUCAAGACAACAAGCCCAAAAUGUAACUCAGUUCAUUCUCGACUGGCUCCUUGAAUUCCUCUCCAAAACUAAACCUGACCCUUGUUUGAUGUCCAUUCCUCCGCACCUCCUCAGCAGAGUGGCCUUCAUGUGCACUCCCUUCUUUGAGCUGUACUUGUCCCAUAUAUUGAGAUGGGCAGAAAAUAUGGCUCCUAAUAUCUGCAGCAGUGAAAAGGAUUAUUGCACUUCCAGAGGAAUUCAGUGGAGGUUCAUCUUCCAGGACCACACGCUAAAACUUCAAGACAAGGCAAAGCAACAUCUUUCCUUUGCAAGUCUCAUCAGUCAUUUUGAACAUCUUGUAACUGGCCCCUCGGUCAUUGCCGAUGUAACAAAGAAAGAACUUUACAGUCGUUUUGCCGAAAGAGAAUCGUUAAUUAAGAGCGUCGAGUUCAGGACGUCCCCAGAUACACUGGAUUUGAAUAUUUGGGAAGACAUUUCUGCUUUUCUUUCUAUUUGACACAGACUACAGAUAUACGUUUUUGUGUGGGACAAGAAAUGGAAACUGUUAUUAGUCUUGUGUGUCCUGAUCUCUGAGCGUAAUUUUAAUAUGGCUAGCGUUUUAUUUCCAUAUAUAUAAUACGGCUAGUAAACGUCGGGUGAAAAGCGCCCUUUGUUGCUCUUUUUCUUUAUUUAACUUAGAACCUGGUUUAUCCAGGAUAUCAAAUUUUGAAUUAAGACAAUAAUAAUACAAAACGUGAGGCCCAUAUUCUUUUGACUAGUCCCAAGGCGUCUGUUACGAAAUUUCUUUCCAGUCGUCUUCUGCGCCUUUAUACAAUUGUAUCGUAAAAGCAACAGUUCCGCAUAGUGCCCCCCCCCCCUCCCCUCCCUUGUUCCCCUUUGUUCACUCAACGACCUGGCUUGUAGCUGUCUAUUCCGUUAGUCAUGCUCACUUGAAUGCUUAGGUCCGUGAACUUUCAUUUUCCAGUUAUACUGCGCAACUUUAGUAAUGAUAAUUCGCCACCAUAACGUAGAAUGUAUAGCCGCUUUUACAUCUCUCACUGCUACAGUUGGAUUCGACAGGACAGAAUCACAUUUCUGUGCUAACCAGAUUGGUUCAGAUACCAGAUCUACUGUCCCAAGCGUUAGCGUAGUAUCUGCGACCCUCUCAAAACUCGAUGUUAUAAUCAGAGAAUUGAAUCUCCGAAACCAUUCUUCACUGACUAGAAUUGCUAGAAUGUAUUCAUUAAUUGU